AGAUCUGCAAGAUGUCUUUCUCGGCAGCCCCUCGCGGGAUCCAGCCUCUGUCCGAGCUGGAUCUUUCUUGGGCUGGCGUCGCCCCCACCCCAGGGCUCCCCUAUUCCCGUCCAGUUGGGGGGGGGGGACUUCUCCAUCAUUUUUGCAUCAUUCUUGCUCAGAAAGAAUAAGAAAGGGCAACCCCACCCGGGCAUAUGGCCCCCCACCUCUUCUUAUUCCUGCCCCCCAAAACGUGCUGGUUAGCUACGUGGUGCAUUGCUGCCUGGUGUACAAGUCUUAAAGGGACAGGAUCCUGCCCGGGCAAGAAAAAGGAAAAGGAAAGAAUUACCGGCCGUUUCCUCUCCUCCUACCACGAAGUGCACCUACGUACAACCCUCUUUCCUCCCCCGCCCCCGCCAAUAUCUCAACCCCGGAACCUGAGUGGCUUUUCCUGCCUUUUUCCUCGGCCGCCGGACUCGAUCUUGGGAUCUGAUUUUCCCGGGCCGGGCGGGCGAGUUUCCUCUCCGAAGAGUUAAGCCUCGGGGCUGCGUUUUGCACGGCGUAGACAUCACGGGCCGCGGAGACGUCGCGCGGGGGGAGCCCCGCUGGGCAGGAAACCUCCGGAGCGAGUGGAUUUGCAAGUUGUGUUUGAUUGUUUUAAUUAACUGGCAGAAAAAAGGGAUAACAACAACUCCCGUACAGCCCUUUUGUAAGAAGCGAAGCUAGAGAGUCAAGUCAGGUUGCACUAGUUAAUUGUUAACAUUUAAGACGGUUUUACUUUCGAACAGGGAAAAAAAGAAAGUAGGCUUUAAAUCUGGGAUACUCGGUGCAAAUGUCCAAACAGCCUUCCCCCUCGAGACUCCCGCGUGUUAAAAUGCUAGCUGAAAGACAGAGGAAUGGGUUCUUUAGGCCCGCGUCUAAUUGCAAGAAAAAGGAGGGUCCUUCCACCCUUGUAUCAGUGCUUUUGUCCCCCUAAAACAGUUCAGCGUAAGCUUCUGUCUCUUGUUAGUUCCCAGACAAACAUUGUGGCUUUAAUACUUUUGCUUUAUAGAUUCGGAGGAUAAUCUGAUGGCAGAGCCUAAUUGCAACAUUUGCAGUUUUCUGCAGCAUAUUCAGUAAAUUCACUAAAUGUGAAUACAUCCAGGCUUCGUGCUGCUGUUGCGUUCUUCUCUGCCACUGGAUAUCCUUUACUUUGUUUCCAUCUUGUUGGAUGAAGAGACCCGCAGAACCCAAAAAUUAUUUAUUAAGCAUACUUGCAUUAAGUUUAAUAAAAGAAUUGGCCUAGUGUAAGAUUUGGUAUUUAUGUGCAAAUCAGACUCUGCUUAUGUGCAUACUUACUUGUUUUUAUUUACAUAUUCAGUUAUUAUUGAAAGGCAAAAGAGUUUCUCUGGAAUGUACCUAGACAUUGCCCAGCUCAGAGGUGGAAGAUUUCCCUGCAUGAAGAAACAUUGUGUCUCAGGGAAGAGUUAAGCUUACUUUCUGCAUACAAGCUGCGUUUGCACAUCUGCUUAACCAGAUCAAGUAAACACACAGCAAGUGUAUUUGCUUAGUAUGCUAGUUUGAUUAGUGUUAUUUUUUGUUUUUGUUUUUGUGGAAUAACGUGCAAAUCCAGCCUUUGGGUUAAUUUCUGAGUCAUUAUGUUGUACAAACCCAGAAUAUGGGUUUAUUCAAUAACCAGGUUAGAUAUAUGGUGUGAAUGUCAUGAGUUUUAAAUCCUCCGGUUUUAAUGUCUAAUUUUGCUCCACUGUGUAUAUCCACUGGUUGAAGCUAGUUCUUUGGACAUAUUAUGGUUAAGUAGAAAAAUAUCUGUUAUUAACCUUAACCUUUAUUAAGGGAAGGGUUACGACUGAAAUGGCAAAAUACAUUUUAUAAGAAUACCAUUUUGCAGAAUGUAAUGUGUGGGUAAUUGGAUGUAAGUACUUUAUUCCUAGCUGAAAAUGUUCCUGGAAUGGCUUAGGUGAGAUCAAGUAGAAUAAUAAUAAUAAUAAAACCCAGGCUUAUAAUCUAAAUGACUGCUUUCUCCAAUCUUGUGCUCUCCAGUUGUUGUGGAUUCGAUUUCCAUAAUUCACAACCUUUAGCCACAGUGGUUGAGUAUUAGAGGAGAUGAAGCCCGGGGGAUCUAGGGAAGGCUGCAGUGAGAAAAAAAAUAAGAAAAUAGAAAAAAGGGAUGAGGAAGAAGAUGGAAGAAUAUAGAGAGAAAACGUGGUCAAUUCUUCAAUUAAAUCAACUAAAUUAAAUUAAUUUAAUUCUUAAUUAAGUUAAAUUGAUUGAUUAAUUAAUUAAACUCUUGGGCCGGGAUUGCUACUCAGAAGUAAGUCCUGUUAAGCAGCAUGGAUCUUCACAUAGUGCGCUUAGAAUUGCAACUGUUUUUUGUAGUUUUAUUUAAAAAUCAAGCCGGGAGACCCCAUCCAGAUCUGAUUUCCAGGUAUCCUUCUUUUCUUUUAGCUGUUCUUGUGCCUUCGAGUGACAUGUCCAUGGAUGUAACGUUUUUGGGGACAGGGGCUGCGUACCCGUCUCCAACGAGAGGGGCCUCAGCUACAGUGGUCCGUUUUGAAGGAGAAUGCUGGCUGUUUGAUUGCGGCGAGGGAACGCAGACACAGUUCAUGAAAAGUCACCUGAAAGCAGGAAAGAUUACCAAGAUUUUUAUAACUCAUCUGCAUGGGGACCAUUUCUUUGGCCUUCCUGGACUCCUGUGUACAAUCAGCCUGCAGUGUAGUCCUGACCCCAACAAGCUGCCGGUGGAUAUUUAUGGGCCCCUUGGGCUGAAGGAUUUUCUCCAGAGAACCAUGGAGCUUUCUCGUUCUCAGCUCGUUUUCCCUUAUGUUGUCCAUGAACUGGUUCCCACUUCCAACCAGUGCCCUGCAGAAGAAUGGAAGGAAGUGUUUUCCAUGAACAGAGAGGAGGUCAGCUCUCUAGAGCCACAGGGAGACACUAUUUAUCUGAAUCCUGCCGAGGACUCAUACUUCUUGAUGGACAACGGACCCGUCGUGAUAAAGGCUUUCAGAUUGUUUCAUCGUAUACCUUCCUUCGGGUUUCUGGUGGAAGAAAAGCCGCGGACUGGCAAACUCAACGCUCAGAAAUUGAAGGAAUUAGGGAUUCAACCAGGCCCAUUAUAUGGAAAAUUGAAAGAAGGUGUUCCAAUUACUCUGGAAAAUGGGACAAUCAUUUCUCCUGUGGAUGUCUUAGAAAGCCCUUUUCCUGGAAGAAAAAUUUGUAUUUUAGGAGAUUGCUCUGGUGUUGUUGGAGAUGGAAUUUCGACUCUUUGCUCUGAAGCCGAUAUCUUGGUUCAUGAAGCUACGCUGGAUGACAGCCAGAUGGACAAGGCCAAGGAGCGUGGUCAUAGCACUCCAAAAACGGCAGCAGAGUUUGCCAAACUGUGCAAAGCAAGGAAGUUGGUCCUCUCUCAUUUCAGUCAAAGGUAUAAGCCAGCGAAUCAGAUAGGUGAAGGAGACGCCGACGUCACGGAGCUGAAGAAGCAAGCCGAGCUAGUUUUGAAUGGACAAGAUGUUGUAUUAGCAGAGGAUUUUAUGACUAUUAGUAUUCCAGUUAAAAAGCAAAAAUAGGAUUACUGGACAACAAAAAAGAAAUUAAUUGGUGGGUAGGCUAAAACUCCAGCUGUGACUUGCUUUCAGGUGAUAUUCUUGGAAGAGGCUGAAGGAAGCCCUAUUUGAAUUAUGAUGGGCCCCUUGUUAUGAACGUUGGUUCUUUAUUGCAUCACAUAUUUCUGAUGCAUUUGUAAUGUUGACUUGGAUUAAAUGUGCCUUAUGUGCUAGGCCUUUGCAAGAGCAAUGCCUUCCUCGUAAGGCAAACUCUACAUGCAUUAUCUAUUUGGAAUUGAAUGAAUGAAAGAAGGCUGCAAUUUUUUACAUGCUUAUCUCUAUUUGGAAUUGAGGACUUCAUGAAUGAAGAUUGCAGUUUUUUACCUGCUUAGGAAUACUUGAGAAUAAUUGAAGUUGUAGAUAGAAAAUAUGCUUUGAGGAAACAUGCACAGGACUAUAUUCAGUUGAGAGACCAAUAGAAGCGAAUAUGUGUAGCUCAGGGUUGAACUGUGGAGUCCUUGGGGUUCUCUGAGCUUGGUUGUU